AUUUCUCAACUUGACAACCACCAUGUACGCCCGGUUACCAGACGGCUGGUCUUCAUAAGGGGUUUAGCCGAUGUUUGGGAAGUUUUAGACACAUUUUAAGCAAGUUUUAGAAGGAAAGCAGAGGUGAAGGCGGAACAUGGGCAAAAAACAGGACACCAAUGAAGAGUCCGAGUAUGGAGAAGCUGCUCAGUAUGACCCGACGUUUAGAGGACCCAUAAAGGACAGAGGUUGCACAGAUAUAAUCUGCUGUAUCCUGUUUAUGGCAGUCAUCCUCGGGUACAUAGUGGUGGGCAUAUUAGCUUGGCUCUAUGGAGAUCCCAGGCAUGUUCUGUAUCCGAGAAACUCAACUGGGUGGUUCUGUGGCAUUGGACCAAAUAAAGGCCGAUCUAACCUUUUAUACUUUGACAUUCUCCAAUGUGCCACAUCUUUAAAUAUUAUGGCCACUGCCCUUAAAGGCUUUCAGUGCCCAACCACACAGGUGUGCGUGGAAACAUGUCCUGAUGAUUUCUUCGCUGUGGGAAUAGACAAAUACUUACCUGGUGUUAAACCAAAAGAUGUUUUCAAUCAGAGUCUCUGUGUUCCAUCCAUAAACCUGGAAAAUACAGCACUGUCUGUGAAACAAAUCGUGGACCGGGAACUAUGCCCUUUUUUCUACACACCGACAACUUCUGUGCUGGGGAGGUGUUUACCAGAUGUCCAAGAACUCGCCAACAUUCCUUCAUAUUUCAGUCAGAUUCCAGGUUUACCUUCCUCCGUCAAUGACACAGCCAACCUCAUCAAGAACGGCACUGGAGAUCUGGUGAAUGGCUUUAAUGCGAAGGAGGUCGGAGUCCGGAUCUUUGAGGACUUUGCGUCGGCAUGGCCAUGGAUCCUCAUCGGUCUGUUAAUAGCCAUGCUGGUCAGUAUGCUGUUCCUGUUGCUGCUGAGAUUCACUGCUCCAGUCAUGGUUUGGGUGCUCAUCGUCGGAGUCCUGGGCGCUGGAGCAUACGGAAUAUGGCACUGCUAUUGGGAGUACGAUCGCUAUAAGAACGACGCUGCUUCCAUCACUGACAUUGGAUUUACUACCAACUUCAAUGUUUACCUACAAGUUCAAGAGACUUGGCUGGCCUUCUUGAUUAUCAUAUCUGUAGUGGAGGCAAUCCUCCUCUUAACCCUGAUCUUCCUCCGGACCAGAAUCCUCAUCGCCAUCUCACUCAUCCAGGAGUCCAGCAAGGCCAUCGGUUACAUGAUGUCCUCUCUGCUGUACCCUCUGGUCACCUUUGUCCUUGUGUUGGUGUGUGUUGCUUAUUGGGGAGCCACUGCCUUAUAUUUGGCCACUUCAGGGAAUCCCAUCUACAGAGUUGUGGCUCUCAACUCCACCAUGAACGAUGCAUGUAGGAAUAUCAGCGGGACAGAGGACUGUGAUCCUCAGAACUUCACCUCAUCCAGUUACCCUGGUUGUCCCUCAGCGAGCUGCAUCUUCAUCAAAUACAACGAUGAGGGUCUUUUCCAGAGGAACCUCUUCAACCUUCAGAUCUACAACGCUGUGGCCUUCCUCUGGUGUGUGAACUUUGUCAUUGCCCUGGGGCAGUGCACACUGGCUGGAGCCUUUGCCUCCUACUACUGGGCCUUCACCAAACCUGAUGAUAUUCCCAUGUUCCCUGUGACUGGUUCUUUUAUUCGCACACUGAGGUACCAUGUGGGCUCCUUGGCAUUUGGUUCCCUAAUCCUGACCCUGGUGCAGAUAGUUAGAAUCAUUCUGGAGUACAUCGACCACAAAACAAAAGACGCACAGAAUGCUGUCGCCCGUUUCAUUUUGUGCUGCUUGAAGUGCUGCUUCUGGUGCCUGGAGAAGUUCAUCAAGUUUCUCAACAGGAACGCUUACAUCAUGAUCGCCAUCUAUGGGAAAAACUUCUGCGUCUCAGCCAAAAAUGCUUUCAGCCUGCUCAUGAGAAAUGUCAUAAGGGUCGUGGUUCUCGAUAAAGUGACAGACCUGCUUUUGUUCUUCGGGAAGCUGCUGGUGGUUGGAGGAGUGGGUGUGCUGUCCUUCUUUUUCUUCUCCGGCCGAAUUCUGCUACCAGGCAGCACCUUCCACUCUGAAACCCUCAACUAUUACUGGAUGCCCAUUAUUACUGUGGUGUUUGGUAGUUACCUCAUCGCUCAUGGGUUCUUCAGUGUGUACAACAUGUGUGUCGACACACUCUUCCUCUGCUUCUUGGAGGACUUGGAGCGUAAUGAUGGAUCUCUGCAGAAGCCCUACUUUAUGUCCAAAAACCUCAUGAAAAUCCUCAACAAAUCCAACAAGGCACCAAAAGGCGGUAAAAAAUAAAGACUAGAGAUUUUAAAUGAAUCAGAUUUUAUGGUUCCACAUCCACACUGUCACAUAUUUUUUAGGAUUAUUCAUUCAUCUUUUAAACACUCCAUCUUCUCUCUUCUUCCAAAUAUGUUUACCAAAAAAAAUAUUUGCUGAUUUUGCACUUUCUAGACUAUUUUUGUACAUGUGUAUAUGUAUAAUAUUAACUACUGAUUGUAUUUGACAGUCCUGAAUAUGUGAAAUCCUCCAAGCUGUUCUACUUACAUACUACAUUAUACCGAACAUGAUUUUACAUUUAUCAAGAGAUGAUAUGUUUUAGGGUAAAAAGUAAAAGGCCAAAAGCAUCUUUCUUUUAAUAUUUUCCUUGUACCACAGCAUGUGGGCAAUAUACAUUUGCUGUGAACGCCACUGAAUCUAUUUUAUCUGCUUUGACGGAAUGUUUCGUCUUUUCUGUUUAUUAAAAUGUUUUAAAGCCGACUCUUAAAAAGUGAAGAAAAAGAAAAAACUAUUCAAAAUGUGUGUAAAAAGAAUUGUUAUAUACAUGUUUUAUUAGCACUAUAUUUUGAUUUAAAAAUGUUGAAAUAAAC